AUGUUCCUCAAGCGCGCCGCGAGCUCGUUCUCGAUCUCCUCCCACCACUCGACCACCUCCCUCACCGAGGACUCCACACAGUCGUCCUCGACCAACUCCGGCGUCGAAAUCCCCCUCCCGCCAAACUUCUCCCCUCCGACCACUCCGCUGUCGGCCAAAUACUCGUCCUUCACCCUCACCCCCCUGCGCCGGAGCACGAUCGGCAAAGGCGCCACCGCCGUCGUGCGCACAGUCUACGCAAACUUGGACCACAACAAGAUCUACGCCGUCAAGGAAUUCCACAAGAACGGCGGUGCGUACGACAACGAGCAUGAUUACAACGCAAAGCUCGCGGUCGAAUACGAGAUCGUCAAGAAGCUGCGCCACCCAAACAUAGUCCACACCGAAGAGCUCUGUCUCGGCCCGCACUCGCGCUGGUGCCAUGUCAUGGAGUACUGCGCCGGCGGCGACCUCUUUGCGCUCAUCAAGACGCAGACCGAGCCCAUGGCCACGCGCGAGCGCAACUGUCUCUUCAAGCAGCUCCUCCGCGGCGUCGCAUAUCUGCAUUCCGUCGGCGUCGCCCACCGCGACAUCAAGCCCGAGAACCUGCUGCUCACUCCCGACGGCACGCUCAAGAUCUCGGACUUUGGCGUCUCGCACGUCGUGCAGGAGCAUCCUCCUGAUAGCGAGGUCAAACUCUGUACCGCCGUCUGUGGCUCAGAGCCCUACAUCUCUCCUGAAGUGUUCCCGUCUGACGACGACGGCACGGUUCUAUACGACGCGCGAACGCUCGACGUGUGGUCUUGCGCCAUCACCUUCUUCUGCAUCACGUUCGGUGGCCAUCCCUUUGGCAAGGCAGAUAUGACCGACUCGCGCUAUAGAGAGUACGUCGACAAACUCCACAAGUUCUACCUCAAAUACCCCGACGCAGACUUUUCAAUCCCCGACUGGGAAAUCUUCCCCCCUCUCAGGAUGUUGACCCCGUUCAGCAACGGCUGCCGCAAGCUCAUCCUGCGCAUGCUCGAGCCGGAUCCGAAGAAGCGCAUCACCGCCCAACAGGCACUCAACGACCCUUUCGUCAACCGCAUCGAGGUCUGCUGCGAAACCGGCGACAGCGACGCCGAUGCCUCCUGUAGCUGUGUCGACGCCAGUGAUAAGGACUCGCACAAGGCGAUCUCGAAGGCAGCGGUCAGACGAACACAUUGUCAUUUCGCAAACACAAAGAAAAAGCCUUGA